GCUAAUUGUUGAAAAGUUUAAUUUAAGACGUUGACGAGAACAGUCGCAUUAACUUAAGUUUACGCGAUCGCGCACAAGUUUUUAAUAACAAUUCUAAUUUAAAAAUAAAAAAUAAUUGUUUUAUUUAUUAAUAGUAAACUUGAUUUUAAUAAAUCUUUUAAAUUGUAUAUGAAAAGUGUUUUAUUUUUUUCUAAAAUCUUAAUAAUUUAUAACUGUUAAUGAUGCCGAAACGUUCUCCCAGAUUGAUGAUCAAGUCGACAAGGAAAUAUGUCAAAUAUUUGACGGUUUUAUUUGUCAUAUUUUUAGCUUUAGUGGGUGUAUUCUGUACGGUAUUUUCGAAAAUAUUCGUUAAUCGUUUUAUAGACAGUUACAUGAUCCUACGUCCCGGUAAUAAAAUUGUGGAUAUGUGGUUAAGUCCCGAUGUCAAUGUUACCAUAGACAUUCACUUCUUUAACUGGACUAAUUCUGAAGAUUUUUAUAAAACCAAAGUGAAACCUAAAGUUGAGGAAGUGGGUCCAUAUAGUUUUCUAGAAAUACCUAAAAAAGAAAUUUUUCAAUGGCAUCCUGAAAAUAAUACCGUGGACUAUGGUAAAAAACAUUGGUACUAUUUCGAUGAGACCAAAAGUGAAAGGCCUUUGGAGGAUAAAUUGGUGACAGUGAAUGGUUUGCUGGUGGCGGCCGCUUCGAAAACCCGCGAUUGGAACUAUGUGAAACGGGCCGUAGUGGAUAUGGCUUUGAGAUUAUAUAAAAAUGGUAUUGUUUGGAAACAUACGGCAGAGGAGUUUUUCUUUAAGGGUUUUGAGGAUAAUAUAGUGAAUUUAUUGUCAAUAUUUCCCUCCUCCUUUCGCAGUUCAAUGGGUAUAUUUGUACCCUGGGAUCGUAUAGGUUUUAUAUAUGGUCGCAAUGGCAGCACUGAUUUAUUGGGCACUCACACUAUUAGCACUGGCGCGGGCAAUAUGGAUGAAUUUGGUCAAAUAGUUUUGUGGAAGGGUAAAAACUAUUCUGAACCUUUACCCCAAGCCUGUUCAUCCGUCAAGGGAUCAGCGGGUGAAUUCCAGAAAACUAAUCUCAAAAAGAAUGAAUCAAUACAGUAUUUUUUCUCGGAUUUUUGUCGAACCAUCAACUUGGAUUAUGUUGACGAGUACAUGGUAGAGGGUAUUAAGGGUUAUCGUUAUAUAAUCUCACCAAAUACUUUCGAUAAUGGUACCUUAAAUCCUGCUAAUGAAUGUUUUUGUAAUGGCGAAUGUUUACCCUAUGGUGCUGUAAAUAUAUCGGGUUGUUGGUUUGGUCUACCCGUUUUCAUAUCAAAUCCUCAUUUUUUGGAUGCUGAUCCUUUCUAUGCCUCCAAAAUAGACGGUAUGAAACCGGAGUCAGAUAAACAUUUAACUACGGCCGUCUUGGAUCCUCGAACGGGAUUUAUGUUGGAACUUAAGGGCCGUUUGCAAUUGAAUUUCUACAUACAGCCCAGUUCUCAUAUAAGAUCUUAUCAAAACACACGCCGCAUGCUUUUCCCUAUCUUUUGGUUCGACAUGCAUAUGCGCAUUUCUAAAAAAUCCGCCCUAUUACUCAGAAUCAUGAACAACCUUCAACUGUAUUGUCAUAUCUUUGGUGCCUCUAUAAUCUUCAUAUCCCUUCUCUUCUUUAUCUGGCAGCCCCUGAAACGCAUGUGGAAUAAACGUUAUACUCAUCACAUGCAAAUCAACACCUUGGCCGAUGAUGAUGAGGAUUACAGUAGUAAACAGAAAGACUUCAAGACGCGCGAUUCUUUAUAUAGUUUACCUCCUAAUUUUCCCACACUCCUAUACAUUUCACAUCCACGCCGCAGUUUACCGGUUAUCAUAUCUCAGUUGGAUGAGAGCGAGGCGUUAAAUUCAUGUCUAGACGAUAAUCAGCGAGAGGAGUUUGAGCAAGAGUUAGAGACAAUGGUUGAUCAUAUCGGAAAUAAAAGUUGAUAGAUUUUACUUAUAGUAGUUAGUUAAGUAUUAAAGUCAUUUAAAUAUAGACAUUUCUAGUUUAAAUGAGGUUUAAUUCAGCUUUAGCUGAAUUAUAGCCUGAUAUAGUUUUUUAUUAAGAGGUGGUUUUAAGUAAAAUACUCCUUAAAUUGUAAAUAUACACACAUACACAUACAUAUCAAUAUUAUCACAUAUUAAUUUGUGAGAUUUUAUAAUAAAAUAGUUGUGAUUAAUCUCGAGCACGAUAAAAA